CUUCAUUAUGGCCGAUAAACAACAGCCGGGAGCUCCAGGGCCUGUCAUCUUGCCGGGCUCUACGGAGCCCAAGCUUCUUGUCCCUAUCGACCACCCGGAGUCAUCUCUCUCCCGGAAAUUCGGCCGCGAAACCGUCAAUUAUUUCUCGGGCGGUCUCAACAACCGUCUAUCAUGGCUUCGCACCGACUACGACUUCCUCAGAACCGCGUUUCAAUCCCCUGACGCCCGGUUUAUGAUCCUCAAGGACCUCUUCCCCUUAGUCCAGAAGCCGCACCCGAGUUCCGAGGAGGGCGCGAAGGGCCCUGUUGCCUUCGCCCUUGUCUCCCACCGGGAUAUCGCCGCAGUCACGGGCUCUGACCCUUUCGGUCCUUCCGAAGAGGACCUCAUAAAGAAUUUCGACUCUUCCGAGACCCGGCCCCUUGUUCUCUUCGUCGGCCUACUCGAGAGUAAACAGUCUUCCUUCAGCUGGAAAGACUUCAAAGGAAGCCCCGUAUUCGCUGUUGACGUCACUCCGAGGGGUUCUUAUGCUGCCGCUGCUCAGGGUUUUAUAGACAGACAGCUUCAAGAGGAAAACACAUUUAUGACGGACAGAAUACAAAUCACCCACGAUGCUGCCACGGCUGCCAUGUAUGGCCAAGCCCGCUCAACUAUGGACUGGAACCUUCGCAACCAGUUCUGUUCCAGCUGCGGCCAGCGCACCCUCGCCGGGCACGCCGGAUACAAGCGGCUCUGUCCGCCCACAGACCUUGCCGGGUCCGAUACGCCGCAACCGCGCCCGGACUGCCCCUCCCGCAAGGGCAUCAGCAACAUCAGUUUCCCCCGGACCGACCCGACCAUGAUUGCCGCCAUCCUCUCGGCAGACGGCACGCGCGUGCUCCUCGGCCGCCAGAAGCGCUACCCGCCCUACUGGUACAGCACCCUGGCCGGCUUCAUCGAGCCGGGCGAGUCGAUCGAGGAUUCCGUCCGCCGCGAGGUCUUCGAGGAAUCCGGCGUGCGCGUGGGCCGCGUCGUCAUCCACUCCUCCCAGCCCUGGCCCUACCCCGCCAGCCUCAUGAUCGGCGCCAUCGGCCAGGCCCUGCCGGGCGGCGAGACCAUCAACCUUGCCCACGACCCGGAGCUGGAGGACGCCAGGUGGGUGCCGCUCGAAGAGGUCCGCGAGGCCCUCGUCCACGGUGUAAGCAACCUCGGUGAUGCUGCGCCCUCGUCGUACAAGGAGGGCGGUCUGCGCCUGCCCCCGCACACUGCCAUCGCGAACCAGCUUCUCACCGCCGUGGUCAACGGAUUUGCUAGUGAAGGCCUGGGGUCAAACGCCGGUUCCAAAUGGCAGAACGCUGCUCUCUGAGAGGGCAGCGUCUUUUGCCUUUUCUGCGUCUUUGCAUCUGGUACGGAGUAGAUACCUUGGGUAGAGAUAGACUAGAGUGCCGGAGUAAUUACUUCGAAUGUGCUCCCAGC